UAAACUGCUGAUCACUUUUUGCUACAAAUAGUUCUUAGGUACUAAGUUCAAAGUGCCUGAACUGGGGGGACUCAUGAUAUUGCUGUAUGGGUAGGUUAUGCUGGGCUUUAGGACUCCUAUCAUCCCUUUCAUACAUUCCUACCUUAGGCUUGGAAUUAAAGUAGAUCAGCAAUCAACCUUUCUCUGCACCUAGCAGGAGCUGGGACAGCAGGGGAGUGUCUAAAGAAGUUGGGGCCCAGGAAUGGAUACAGGGGAACAUGAAUACUUCCCUAGGGAUAAGGCUCUCCUUGUUUAAUCAUUAUCCCACUGCUUCCAAGGCAGUGUCUUCAAGGAGGCGGGACUGGGUGGGAGGUAAAUGAGAAGGUUGUCUGGUUUCAGUGGACUUUGUCCCUACCCUGAGGACUGGGUUGUUGAUUUAACUAUGGAGGCAGCUGCAGAUCUUCAGGACACAGCUUCGUUAACUCUGAAGUUUCAGUUUAACCCAAAGCUGGGCAUUGAUAAUCCUGUCCUGUCUCUGGCCGAAGAUCACAACCUUUCUGAUCUCUGGAACCUGGAGCGACCUCGCUUCUGCCUGCUGAGUAAAGAAGAGGGCAGGAGUUUUGGCUUCCAUCUACAUCAGGAGCUGGGCAAGGCCAGUCAUGUGGUGUGCAGGGUGGAGCCAGGCUCCUCAGCCCAGCAGCAGGGUCUUCGGGAAGGAGACCGGAUCCUGGCAGUGAACAACCAUGUUGUGGAACAUGAAGAUGCCGAGGUGGUGGUACUCCGCAUCCAGGCCAGUGGUCCUCGAGUGCUGCUGACGGUUUUGGCGCAGCACGUGUAUGAUGUGUCCCGAGCUCAGCAGGGGAAUGAUGUCCUCCUCUGUCCUACUCUCAGCCCAGGGGUCCGGCCCCGUCUGUGCCAUGUAGUGAAAGAUGAGGGUGGUUUUGGCUUUAGUGUCACCUACGAACAUCAGGGUUCUUUCAGGUUGGUGCUGAGUACUGGAGGAGCAGCUGAGCGGGCAGGGGUGCCCCCUGGGGCCCGACUAUUAGAAGUGAAUGGGGUCAGUGUGGAGAAGUUCACUUAUAACCAACUCAGCAGAAAGCUUUGGCAGAGUGGAGAGCAGGUCACCCUUCUGGUGGCAGGACCAGAGGUGGAGGAACAGUGUCGCCAGCUGGGAAUGCCUCUGGCUGCACCCCUGGCAGAGGCCUGGGCACUGCCUGCCAAGCCCCGGUGUUUGCACCUAGAGAAAGGGCCCCAGGGCUUUGGGUUCCUGCUCAGGGAGGAGAAGGGUCUUGGUGGUCACCUCGGGCAGUUCCUUCGGGAGGUGAACCCAGGACUGCCAGCCGAGAGGGCCGGGAUGCAGGAUGGGGACCGGCUGGUAGCUGUGGCUGGGGAGAGCGUGGAAGGGCUGGGCCAUGAGGAGACAGUGUACAGGAUCCGGGCACAGGGUUCCCGUGUCUCCCUCACUGUUGUUGACCCAGAGGCUGACCACUUCUUCAGCAUGGUGAGAGUUCGCCUGUCUCCACUCCUCUUCCUGGAGGGCACAGAGGCUCCUGCCUCUCCCCAGGACACCUGCUUAGCCUCUCUGGUUGAGACCAAGGAUCCACCAGUUGAAGACACAGCUGUGCCUCCUAUCCCAUGUGGGUCUCACCAGUGCUUCUUAUACCCUGGGCCUGGUGGUGGCUAUGGCUUCCGACUCAGCUAUGUGGCCAGUGGGCCUUGUCUUUUUAUCUCCCAGGUGAUUCAAGGAAGCUCAGCUGCCCAGGCAGGACUGCAAAGGGGAGAUGUGAUUCUGGAGGUGAACGGGAAUUCUGUGGAUGGAUUCAAUGACCUGGAAAUGCUUCGGCAGCUGACUGAAGCUGAGCCACCUCUGUGCCUGAAACUGGUGACCAGAUUUCCAUAGGGCUUGGAAGCAUAGACUGCCUCAGGGUCUGUAGAGCUGCAGGUGGUAGAAGCUGAGUUGCUCUCUUUACGCCAAAAACUGGAUCUCUAGGGCUCUGGACAAUCACAGACUUACCCAGAGUCUCCCUUCCUCCCAUGGGGCUCACCUCCCUGAAGAGGAUGUGGUCAGAGGCCUCAGGAUGGUCCACUAGGAAUCCUGCCCUCUAACUCCAAAGGAACCCAUGUGGGAGCUUUGGAAGCUUUGCCCCAAGGAUGAAGUUCUUUCUGCCUAAGAUGAAUUGUGUGAUUUCAUGAUUUAUAAUAAGAAAUAUAUAUUUGGUCUUCAUACUUAUUUCUGGCACAGAGCUCUUAUAACCCUUGGAACUUCCUAAGUAAUAAGAGCAAUAAAAGUUGGGGAAGUGGGGGGAGGAUGGUUGCCAGGAGAACAAACCUGCAUUUACAGGGUUGAAACUUUCAGCCCUACCCCCACUCCCACCCCACACUGGCUUCCUAGGUGGGGAGAGGGGCCGAAGUGGUUUAAAUCAAUCAUGCUUAUGUAAUGAAGCCUCUAAAAAACCCAAAAAAGCCAAGACUCAGAGGGCUUCCAGGUUACUGAACAUGUGGAGAGGACAGAAGCUACCAUGCCCAUGCCCUGCCCUGGGCAUCUGUUACCUCUGACUUCCUGAAUUGUAUCCUUUAUAAUAAACUGGUAAUUAAGUAAGUAAA